CAAAAAAUGGCCCCAUUUAUGAUGUAGUUUGGAAUUCUAGUUCAACUGAGUUUUGUGCUGUUUAUGGUUUUAUGCCUGCCAAAGCGACAGUUUUCAAUUUGAAAUGUGAUCCUGUGUUUGACUUUGGAACUGGUCCUCGUAAUGCAGCGUACUAUAGCCCUCAUGGACAUAUAUUAGUAUUAGCUGGAUUUGGAAAUCUGAGGGGACAAAUGGAAGUGUGGGAUGUAAAAAACUACAAACUUAUUUCUAAACCAGUUGCUUCUGAUUCUACAUAUUUUGCUUGGUGCCCAGAUGGUGAGCAUAUUUUAACAGCCACGUGUGCUCCCAGGUUACGUGUUAAUAAUGGGUACAAGAUUUGGCAUUAUACUGGUUCCAUCUUGCACAAGUAUGAUGUGCCAUCAAAUUCAGAAUUAUGGCAGGUUUCUUGGCAGCCAUUUUUGGAUGGAAUAUUUCCAGCAAAAACAAUAACUUACCAAGCAGUUCCAAGUGAAUUACCCAGUGAAGAACCUAAAGUUGCAACAGCUUAUAGACCCCCAGCUUUAAGAAAUAAACCAAUCACUAAUUCCAAACUGCAUGAAGAGGAGCCACCUCAGAAUAUGAAACCACAAUCAGGAAAUGAUAAACCAUUAUCAAAAACAGCCCUUAAAAAUCAAAGGAAGCAUGAAGCUAAGAAAGCUGCAAAGCAGAAACUGAAAGCAAUCGAACAACUGAAAGAACAAGCAGCAACUGGAAAACAGCUGGAAAAAAAUCAGUUGGAGAAAAUUCAAAAAGAAACAGCCCUUCUCCAGGAGCUGGAAGAUUUGGAAUUGGGUAUUUAAAGAUUCACAGAAAGCAAGUUGGUUACCAGAAAUCAGUGGAAACACAUCUUCUCUUAAACCCAUUGGUUUACACAGAAUAUCCACAUGCCCACAUUUAAUGUUGAUCUAUAAUUUUAACCAUUUAUCAAGAUUCUACAUGUGUGAAAUUAUUUAAUUAUGUCUAUUAAAUUGACAUUUACAUUCUGCAUCCCAUAUCAUGUCAGUGCAUGAUAUGGAAUAAAGAUACAUGAAUUUUUUAGCUAAGCUUGACAGAUUGAAAGACAAAUGUCAUCGUUUUUUAGUAGGGGACAGUAUUUACCAUAUAAAUGAAUAAAGACAUUUUAAAUUUAA